GUCCCCGCAUGGCUGGAGCGCCCCGGCAGCACCGAACCGCCACCAUGUUCCACAGAAAGCGCAGCGUCUCCUUCGGCGGCUACGGCUGGAUCGACAAGACGAUGCUCGCCAGCCUGAAGAUCAAGAAACAGGAGCUGCUGAACAGCACGGAUGUGACCGUCCCGGAGCGGCCGCUGUCCCCCCCACUCACCGCCCCGCCGACCAUGAAGUCUGCAGAAUUCUUCGAAAUGCUGGAAAAAAUGCAGGCACCAAAACUUGAAGAACAGAGGACUGGAAGCCAAAAACAUAAGGAAGACUACAUCCCGUACCCCAGCAUCGAUGAGAUCCUAGAGAAGGGCAGCCCGUACCCGCUGAUCAUCCUGCCCCAGUUUGGGGGAUACUGGAUCGAAGACCCGGAAAACCUUGGCACGCCCACCUCGUCCGACAGCAGCAUCUGCGAGGAGGAGGAGGAGAACCUCAGCCCCAGCACCUACGGCUACAAGCUGGAGUGCAAAGGAGAGGCCAGAGCCUACAGGAAGCAUUUCCUGGGGAAGGAUCAUUUAAAUUUUUAUUGUACGGCCAGCAGCCUCGGCAAUCUGAUCCUUUCUAUUAAGUGUGAGGAGGCAGAUGGCACGGAAUAUUUAAGGAUUAUACUCAGGUCCAAAGUGAAGACGUUGCAUGAAAGGAUCCCCCUGGCAGGAUUUAGCAAGCUCCCUAGUAUCCCUCAGAUUGCAAAGGCUUUCUGCGACGACGCCUCCGGGCUGAAGUUUAACCCGGUUCUGUACCCCAAGGCGUCCCAGAUGAUAGUGUCUUAUGAUGAACAUGAGGUCAACAACACGUUCAAGUUCGGUGUGAUCUAUCAGAAGUUCAGGCAGACCCAAGAGGAGGAGUUGUUUGGCAAUAACGAAGAGAGCGUUGCUUUCAAGAACUUCUUAAGUUUUCUGGGAGACACCAUAACACUCCAGGACUUCAAAGGUUUUCGAGGAGGUCUGGAUGUCAGCCACGGGCAGACGGGAGCAGAGUCCGUGUACACGGUGUUCAGGGACAGGGAGAUAAUGUUUCACGUGUCUACAAAGCUGCCUUUUACCGAAGGAGAUACACAACAACUCCAGAGGAAGAGGCACAUUGGCAAUGACAUUGUGGCAAUUAUCUUCCAAGAAGAGAACACGCCGUUUGUCCCAGACAUGAUCGCCUCCAACUUCUUGCACGCCUACAUCGUUGUGCAGGUGGAAAACCCCGAGGCAGAUAACACGACGUACAAGGUGUCCGUCACGGCCCGGGAAGACGUGCCCUCCUUCGGCCCGCCCCUGCCGAGCCCGCCAGUAUUUCAGAAAAGCCCCGAGUUCCGGGAGUUCCUGCUGACGAAGCUCAUCAAUGCCGAGAACGCCUGCUGCAAGUCGGACAAGUUUGCGAAGCUGGAGGACCGGACACGGGCCGCCUUGUUGGACAACCUUCACGACGAGCUCCACGGGCACACGCAGACCAUGCUGGGCCUGGGGCCUGAGGAGGACAAACUGGAGAACGGGGGUCACGGAGGCUUUCUGGAGUCUUUCAAGAGAGCCAUCCGGGUGCGCAGCCACUCCAUGGAGACGAUGGUGGGCAGCCAGAAGAAGCACCACAGCAGCGGCAUCCCGGGCAGCCUCAGCGGGGGCAUCGCACACAACAGCGGCGAGGUGACCAAAACCACCUUCUCGCCCCCUGUACCAGCAGCUGCCACCAAGAACCAGUCCAGGAGCCCCAUCAAGCGCCGUUCGGGGCUGUUCCCUCGCCUGCACACGGGGUCUGAGAGCCAGGCGGAGAGCAGGACAAGGUGCGACAGUGUUUCUGGAGCCCAAAAGACAUCAGAUUUGGGACAUUCUUCUCAAGAGAUGAAAUCUGAGACCUCAUCCAACCCCAGCUCCCCUGAAAUAUGCCCCAACAAAGACAGGCCAUUUAUUAAGCUGAAAGAGAACGGGAGGUCAAACAUCUCCCGUUCCUCCUCGAGCACCAGCAGCUUCAGCAGCACAGCGGGGGAGAGCGAGACCCUGGAGGAGUAUGACAGCGUGGGAAGCCAGCCGUCCACAGCGUCACCGUUCAAGCAGGACGUGUUUGUCUACAGCGCCUCGCCCGGCAGCGAGAGCCCGAGCGUGGGGGCCGCGGCCACCCCCGUGAUCAUGAGCAGGAGCCCCACAGAUAUCAAGAACAGAAACUCUCCGAGGUCAAACCUGAAGUUUCGCUUCGACAAGCUCAGCCACGGCAGCUCCAGCACGAGCCACUAG